GUCAAGUGUUCAGCGACAGACUCGAUCUCAUAAAGUUCGCGCCCUAUACGGGUUACAGCACCUCCCAACCCCAAAAAAGACAGGUUGCGCCCAGUCCUGCAUUUUAGUAUUUUCUUCUCUGGUGCUUCUUUCCCCAACUUCUGACGGACACGACCAAACGUGCUAAACGCUCCAUGAUCCGUUGUUAGCUAUGACUUCCAGAAGGUUAGAUGUGCGAGUGAUACAACACCAUCUGCCUACGGCUUAGGACAGGGUUCGGGUGAUUAUUCCGACGUGGGGACAAUAUGUGUGUGAAGACUGAAGUGUCUUUACACCCUUACUCCGAUCUCUGAAGGUAGAGAGCCUUGCAAGAAAUCAACACCGCAGCCUUGAUCAUUCUCAGAGAUUGAAGAAUUAUGUCCAGCGGGCGCAGAUUCUGUCAAUGAUCAAGUUGAACGUCCAGGAGUUCACCAUGCGUGUCAUGCGAUGCAGGCGCUCAGAUUGUCCAGAACCCGUCACAACAUAUACUAUUCCUCUGGCAGUUUCACUGGAUGGUGGAGCUCCACUAGACCAAUCAUUGCCGUUUCAAGACGUAAAGAAGCUAUACGCAACCACUUCUGUUUUGCACUGCGCCUCGCCUCGCGCACACAUUGCUUCGGUUCAGGGGAAAAUUCGGACACCGCGGAGCCCGGACAAGAUCACAACCAGACAAACCCUGCCAUAUUCCACGCAACAACAGCCUCCCGUAAUCUAGCCCUGGCCUUGGCUUGCCAGAUGAAACCACUGAGCCACCAUCCAGAAUCGGCGGAAGCAACAGCCAAGGCGCGAAGAAUACCCCAGACCCGCGGACGCUGUCCGGAUCCCUGAUCUGAUAACGUCAGACGCUCCAUGUGUACUAAUUGCAUGACAAUGAUUCGUGAUGCGUGUCGAUCAU